AUGGAGCCUCUAGGGACAGUGAUCAUUUUGAUGAUCAUAUGUAUCUCUUGCCUUGUUUUCCUUGCAGUCAGGAGCAGGACGCCAGAGAAUGCAAAGCUGCUACCACCUGGCCCAACUCCACUGCCCAUUGUAGGGAAUGCUCUGCAGCUGAAGAUCAACAACCUGGCCCAGGUUCUCCAGGAGGUAAGCCAAAGAAGUUUCCAGUUUAGUGAGAAGUAUGGCUCUGUGUUCACAAUGUAUUUUGGAGCAGAACGUGUUGUGGUGCUGCACGGCUAUGAUGCAGUGAAAGAAGCACUGAUCGACCAUGGAGAUGAAUUUGCUGCCAGGGGACACCUGCCGUUAGCUGAUGAUUUCAACAAGGGAUUAGGAAUUAUAUUCAGCAAUGGGGAAGCGUGGAAGCAGCUCCGACGUUUUGCCCUUAGCACCCUGCGCAACUUUGGGAUGGGAAAGAAAAGUAUUGAGGAGAGGAUCCAAGAGGAAGCACAGUUCCUGCGAGAAAAGUUCCAGGACACUCAGGAGAAGCCCUUGGAUCCAACCUACUUGUUCAGUUGCGCUCUCUCCAAUGUCAUUUGUGCAAUUGUCUUUGGGAAACGAUACGACUAUAAUGACAAGAAGUUCCUAUCCAUGAUGAGCUUAAUGAAUGAAAACUUUCAGGUUCUUAGUUCUUCUUGGGGACAGCUCUACAACCUCUUCCCUUCUUUGAUGAAAUGCAUCCCUGGGCCCCACCAGAAAAUGCUGAAAAACAGCUUGGCAGCCAAAGAGUUUGUUUUGGAGGAGGUUGAAGAGCACAAGGCCACUCUGGACCCCAGCUCACCUCGGGAUUUUAUCGACUGCUUCCUUAUGAAAAUGGAUCAGGAAAAAGGUAAUAGUGCAUCCCAUUUCACCAUUGAAAACUUGGCCAUAAGCACAGUUGACUUGUUUGUGGCUGGAACAGAGACCACCAGCACCACACUGCGAUACGGGAUCAUGACCCUCCUCAAAUACCCAGAGAUACAAGAGAAAGUGCAUGAAGAAAUUGACCGAGUUAUUGGCCGAUCACGAAGUCCUUGCAUGGCAGAUCGUGGGGAAAUGCCUUACACAGAUGCUGUCAUCCAUGAGAUCCAGAGGUUCAUCUCUCUCAUCCCACUGAGCCUCCCUCAUGCAGUACUCAAAGACACACGGUUCAGACAAUAUGUCAUUCCAAAGGGCACUACCAUAUAUCCUAUUCUGACGUCUGUGCUACAUGACAACAAAGAAUUUCCAAACCCCAAAGAAUUUGACCCAGGACAUUUCUUGCACAAAGAUGGCACCUUCAGGAAGAGCGACUAUUUCAUGCCUUUCUCAGCAGGGAAGAGGAUAUGCGUGGGAGAAGGUCUGGCCCGUAUGGAGAUCUUCCUGUUCUUGACCACCAUAUUACAGAACUUCACUCUGAAGUCCAUCGUUGACCCCAAGGACAUCGAUCUCACACCAGUGAUGAGCAGCAUAGGCAACUGCCCUCGGCCCUAUCAGCUCUGCAUUGUCCCUCGCUGAAAAGCCUGCCUCAGGAGGGCUGCACGUGUGGAAAAGUCACAACC